GUCCACUCCAGCCCACACACACCAUCCGCUUUGAAUUCUUCCCCAUCCAUGCAGUAACGUCCCGUCCUGUCUGCCUUGCCCACUGAGGCGUCAAACUGCUGGCUGGUACCUUGCUCCGUGCUUGCCUAUGCCUGUGCCCCCAUGCAGCGGAUACUGUACUCCAAUCGUCAUAUGGGAGAUUCCGUCGAGAUCUUUUCAGCCGCCGUUCAUGGUUCGCCACUCCUCUGCCUCCCUAUAGCAACAUCUCCCAUCAUCGUUGAGUCAUUGCCUCUUAUAUACACUCCUCCCUCGUCGGUUUCUGAUAAAUAUCCUUCCCACGUUGUCCUGUCUCGUUUCUGGCCUCCAAAUUAACUGUUCUUGUGCGCGUCUUACCAACAGACUUUGGCCUAUCUUGAUCUACCCUUCUUCUGUCCCUGUCCCUGACUGUCGCCUUCUUGAUUAUAAUUUUUUUUUUCUUUUAAUACUUGAAGUUUCGCAUAUUGUGGCCAUGAAUUGCCCGGCUGGAUCGUUCGCAUCUUCUCCUACCGUCCGCUCCCCGCUCGAAGAUCAAGCAAUGAUGGAUACUUCCCCGACUCACUCGUCCCCUGGACAUGCAGUGCCUCUCUUUGAAUGCGAGUUCCAGUCGUUCACGGGGCUGGGGAUCUCUCACAUCCAAACGGAAGCCUCUGCUGACCACCUGAGACUUUACCCGUCCCCCGAGCCAUAUGUGCUAUCGACAAGCGACUGGUCGGACCCGAUAUUGCGUUCUCAACAUCUCCUCGAAACCCCCCCGGACGCCGCAAACUUUGCCCCGAAUACAUACUACGAGCCCUUCGGUAGCCGCACAGAUGUAUCCGCCUCGCCCCUCAGCUUUUACAGCUCGCAGGCUUUGAGUGCAUCGCCCAGCUAUGACCCAAUGCUGGACUUUGGAGCAAUGCGCGAGGAGGUCUCUCAUUUCUGGCCGAGUCCUCCCCCGGAGACCAUGGCCAUGACUGAAGGUCAGACCGAGGUCAAAGGGGAGCCCGAGGAUAUGUGGGACACCUCUCUCCCGGAUAACGCGAGCAACAUGGUGAUGUGCACAAUGCCACAGGUGCCCCAGCUACAGAUCAGCACCGCAUUUGCUCCCCCACCACAAUCGAAUGACAAAGGAAAUGACACCUUGACUGCGACGGGCGCGAGUCAGGGGGAUGCGCCAGAUGUGGUUCCGGCCGAGGUAAUUUCGAAAUGGAUUGACGAUGUGGGCAAGUCACCAAAUGCCGAAACACCCAAGAUACCGUCUGCGAGCGGCCUUGUGUGCACCGUGUGUGGGCUUCGCUUUACCCGACGCUCCAACUGUCGGGAACAUGUCAAGAGGCACAACCCCCGCUACCGACGGACCUACCCAUGUGCGAUCUGUGGGCAGGUGUGCGGGCGAAAAACCGACCUCAAGAGGCAUGUGGACUGCAUCCACUACCGAGUGCGGAACUUCGGCUGUGAUCAGUGUGGGCAGCUGUACACCCGGCAGGACACACUUUCAAGGCACAAAGCCGAUGGUUGCCGCCGAAGAUCCCGGAAACCCCACGCCUCCCGCAAAGCCUAGACGGCUGGCCAAAGUCAAACGUCCCGUUCAUGUCCCUAAGGAGCAUCAGUCUCCGUCCACAAAUUAUUAGUUGGCUCGCAACCCCACU